AAAUAAUAUUUUGUUUUAUGCGUUUCAAAAAACGUGUGUCUCCAUUUGAAUCUGGAUCCAGCGCCUUGUAUUCAUUCACGCUCCAACCCACCCAAACCCUAUUUCUCCUUGUUCCCUGUUUGGCACCACGCCAUAGAUUCCCCACCGCAAUGAGGAAAGGAACUAAGAGGAAGACGAAGCAGGAGCAGCAACCCAAACACGACGCAGAGAACAACAGCACCACCGAACCACAACCUCAACCUCAACCUCAACCUCCUCGAGCUAAACGAGCCAAGACCUCCAAACCUCAAUCCGAACCUGAGUACUUCGAAGACAAGCGCAACUUGGAAGAUUUGUGGAAGGAAACGUUUCCCGUUGGAACUGAGUGGGACCAAUUGGAUUCCGUGUAUCAAUUCAAGUGGGAUUUCUCAAAUCUAGAAAAUGCGUUUGAGGAGGGUGGCGUCUUGUAUGAGAAAAAGGUUUACCUCUUUGGUUGCACUGAGCCUCAACUGGUCAUGUUUAAAGGAGAAAGCAAAGUUGUCUGCAUACCCGUGGUGGUAGCUGUUGUAUCGCCUUUCCCACCAUCUGAUAAAAUUGGGAUUAACUCGGUUCAGAGAGAGUCUGAAGAGAUAAUUCCCAUGAAGCAAAUGAAAAUGGACUGGGUGCCAUAUAUUCCUUUGGUGGACCGAGAUAGCCAAGUUGAUAGAUUAAAAUCCCAAAUAUUUAUCUUGAGUUGCACCCAAAGAAGGUCUGCUUUAAAACACCUGAAGUUGGAUAGAUUAAAGAAAUACGAGUACUGCUUGCCUUAUUUCUAUCAGCCAUUUAAGGAAGAUGAAAUUGAACAGAGCACUGAAGUUCCAAUAAUAUUUCCAGCCGAGCCAAAGCCGGUCUUCUGUGAAUUUGAUUGGGAAUUAGAUGAACUUGAGGAGUUCACUGAUAAGCUCAUAGAGGAGGAGGAGUUGUCAGAAGAUCAAAAGGAUGCCUUCAAGGAAUUUGUCAAGGAAAAGGUUCGUGAAGCAAAGAAAGCUAAUAGAGAGGCAAGGGAAGCUCGGAAAAAAGCCAUUGAAGAAAUGAGUGAGGAAACUAAAGCUGCGUUUGAGAGUAUGAGGUUUUAUAAGUUCUACCCCGUUCAAUCUCCAGAUGCACCUGAUGUAUCAAAUGUUAAGUCUCCAUUCAUAAAUAGGUAUUACGGAAAGGCGCAUGAGGUUCUGUGAUUGGCUCCAAGGCAAUAAUGGCAAUUUUCUUGGCUUGUUCUGCCUAACACAACACAUAUUUUGUUUAUUAUGAAGUUCAGGGGGCAACCCCCUGGUGCCCCAUCAAAUUUUCUUUGCCCGUGUAGUUGUCUACAAUGUAAAACUGUAGGUCAGAAAUCCUAGAGAAGUGAACUAGAUGUUGGGAGGAAUUGUGACAUGUUUCUGGCUUCCAUUUCGAAGAGAAAUUCUGAGCUUCUGGAGCUGCAAUUGCGUGGCUCUCGCGUGUCUUGGUUUCUCUUGGAUUAUUCUUUUUCCCUUCAAAAUUAGAUGUACGACAGUUUUGAUUAUGAGUUAAUUGAAGAAAUUAUUCAUUAUUGUUUCGUUUAAUGUAAGCUUAGCAGGGAAUAUGCUGUUCGUCAUUAUGAUAUCAUAGCCGUACGUAUUUUUUUUUAGUGUAAAGGACAAUUUGACUUGAAUUAUUAGGUAAGUAAUUCCAAGAUGCUAAUAGUUUUGGUUUCAA